GUAUACCUACCGGCACGUAUAUUAAUUUUCUAUUCGUUUUAUACGUGUCGAUGUAAGCGUUCGGAAGGCAUUCGUUUCGGACGUAGCGAUCGCGUUCAAACGUCCUCUCAUCAUACACGUCAUAUAUUAUUAUUAUUAUUAUUUUUAUCGUUUUAUAGACAGUUAAGAGGCACCUAUCGUAUUAUAACACCAUACACUGCAGUUGUCUUAAGGUGCGUCGACGGUUGUCACCGGCGUCUCGUCUCUACACAGUCGUUCCCGUUCACCGGUGUCGUUCGGUCAACACAAUAUAAUAUCAUAAUAAUUUAUUAUAAAGUAUCACAUUUUCGACGCGGUUUUUUGUGUUGACACAAGGAAAAUGUCACUUUCCACGUGCGGUUUAGCCGUUUUCGCGUGCGUCGCAAUAUUAGUAUUGCAGUCUGUAGUCGAUUCGACUAACGCUUUGCCGACCACAGAUCAAUCGCUGCAGUCAUCCACACCGCUGCCGCUGUCAUCGCGAGACAUCGAAGACGAAGUACUCGGCACGAGUGCCCUAACUACUACAGCAACCGAUGUAGUGGCUAAUGCUUAUGCGGUCAAGGAUACGUCUUUGGUGGACAGUGAAAAAGGCCACAUUAAGCCAUUAAAAAAAAAGAAACCUUUGGGCAAACACAAGAAGAAAAAGCAUUCGUUUAAGGAAAAAUUCUUGCCUCUCCUUUUAAUACCAUUUGUUAUUCAAACCAUGCUCAUACCGUUUUUCAUAAUGAAAUUGAAAUUGUUAGCUUUGAAAGCUAUGGCAGUGGGCAAGUUCGCAAUUCUGUUGAUCGCUUUUAAUAUGAUGCGUAAUUGGUCACAAAAUGCACACAGUACUUCGAUUCGUGGCUCAACUGGGGAUUCAUUGCUCAUGGCUCAAAAUUACGGUUUCAACGGUGUUCCGGAAUUCGGAGCAAUAUUUAAUGGCCGUUAGUAAUUGUCCAACAGACAGUUUUUCUAAUGCUUAAUAAUUUAUUAAAUUUAUAAUGUAAUGCUCUCUGCACAUGUUCGACGUAGUCGAACGUAGUGCUAUAACAUAAGACUAUUUAUGAACAAAAUCACCAAUGAUGUAUUAUAAAUUAUAUUAAUGAAUGUAAUAUCUCGUAAGGUACAUUACCUACAUUUUAUUAUAUAGUAUGUUAUCAUAUAUUAUGACUCAAAAUUAGAUUCAAUGUAUGUUAUUUUGUGCCUUAUAUAUUAUAAUAUUGUCAUAAGUACCAUAAGUUAUAACUAUUUUAUAAUAUUUUAUUUUCAUAUUGUAUGUUUAUUACCACCACGUAUAAUAGUCAGAUAACUAUCCACGUAAAUUUGGUAAAAUAAAAAUAUUGAAUAAGAAUAUAAUAAAAUAUUAUUUUGUUAACCUAAAAAAUACAAAUACAUUUAUUAAUAACAAUAAAUAUAAUUAGGAAGGUGUGCAUGUAUUUUUGUCAAAUUUAUAUUUAAAUACUGUCUUACUAUAAGGUAUAGAUAGUUAAUAUACGAUAUCUUUUUUUACGUAAUUUGUUAAAAAAAUAUACAUUUUGAAUCGAUUAGGGCCUAGCGUUUGUAAAAUAUAUACCUUCCUAGUAAGUUUAUAUUAUAUCCUAUAGUCAUUGUAACUGUUUAUGCUUAUAUUAUAUAGUUUAUUCCAAUAAAAAAGUAUAAUAAUUACAUAUAUUAUAAUAAUGACGCAAGGGUAAAUUAAUAAAAUUAAUUAUAUUUUAGAUAAAUAAUUAUUUAUAAUAUAAAAUUAUUACUCCUGUAUCGUUUUUAUACACACUUACAUUAGAUAAAUAGUUGAAUGUCAGCAGUUGUACAAAAACCAUUUUUAAGUAGUUAUAGCCUAUAGCAUAUAUGUUUACUUGGAACUAUUUAAGUUCAAAUGAUAUACUAAAAAUAUACCUAAAAUUAUAUACUAUAAAUUAAAAAUAUUAAAUGUUAUAAAUACAGAUCUUGGUUUUAAAAUUUAAAUUCAUUUUAACAAUCUGUUCUUAGAGUAUGGCUGGACUAAGGAUAUAAUGUAAAUAAAAGCUAAUUUAGUACCUAAAUGAACUACAUAUUAUAUAAAUUUGAAAAAUCUUUAUGCAUAAUACUACUGUAUAAAAAAAAAUUAAUAAAUAGGUAACUUUAAUAUCAAAUAAUAUAAUAAUUAAUGAAAUUGUCUAUAGACAAUAAGCUAUUUUAAGUAUUAUUAGUGUUCAACUUGUCAAUUUAUAUUAAAUAGAUUAUAGAAAACA